GGAGAGGUUUUGUUGCUCAGUCCUAAAACAGAUUUAGGAGCCCAUUUUUACAUAUUUGUGAAGUUACAGACAUUUCUUAAAGUAUUCUAUUUGUAAAUGAAAUUCUGGAUGGAAAAUACAGAACUGAAAAAUAGGAGAAAAUGCUGUAUAACAGUCCUGCAGUUGUCCUUCCAAAACAAGCUGUUAUGUUUUGCCUGAUGUGAGUGCCCAGCACACCAUGUAUUGUAUUGUAUGUUAGCAUAUUGUUGCUGAUAUCUGAUGAGCUUUUCCUCCAUCCGUUUCCCUUUAGGAAUCAGUUUUUAUUUAUAUGCUGGAUUCUCCUGAUUUUUUUUUUUUUGUUUCUUUGUCUUUGUCACUACCACACCCUCUGUGUUUUUAUAGUAAAAAUUCAGAAAAGCCAAUGUAAUCAGUUCCAUUCUCAGUGCUACAAAGGGCUGUGGCUGUGACUUAUGGACGUUUUGCUUUUAAUUUCGUUUUUUAUGAGGAUCGUGCAGAAUGGUGGAAGAUGGGACGCAUCUCAAAGGUCCCAGAUCGAAGGGCGCCAGCUGCAUUCACGGACCGUAAGAGACUGAAGACUUAGGCUGAAGUUUCAGGUCUGUUUCACCUCUGGUAUGAGUUGUGGUCGGUAAUCUGCUCUGGUAUACCAGUAACCACACCCUGCAGUGAUGUCACAGAGUCACCUGUGUACACCUGUACAUCACUGCAGCCACUUAAACCCAUCAGUUUUUAUUCCUUUUUUCCCUGACUUUGUCAGUCUGAGGAGUUAAAUGUUCACUUUUCCUGAAACUUUUCUUUUCAUAAUGCAGUUACCUUUGAAACAAAAGCUGCACAACAAACAGCAAACUCUUGGUUAACUCGUGUGGAAACUUCCAGGGUCGUUUUAAAGAAGCCUGAGGCCAAGUCCAAAAUGUUUUUUUUCCUAAACGCAAUCAAGUUUGAAACAUUUUAAAAUAUUUGGUGAUAACAUUAAGUGUUAUAAAAUCUUUAGGGAUGGUGGGUUUUCAACAGAACAGCCUGAUUUUCUGCUCAAGGCUGAUAUGAGCUUUCCCCUCUGUAUUAAGUGCAGUGUAGUAUUUUAGAGAAAAAACCAGCAUUGGAUUUUGUCACACUGUGAGUGUAAAUCAGCAGGAGGUCAAACCUGCCGAGGUGCUCAUGAGCAGUGCAUGCCUGGUGCUCGAACUCGGCUUCUUGUUCACCGUCCACAAUGGCUUAGAUUUUCAUUAGCUCCCCAUGGCACAGGUUAAUGCACUGGGUUGGCGCCACUGUAAAAUGCUGUUAAUGUGCCCGUUAAUUAUAUUGCUUUAUGACAAUAGAUGUGCAAAGUGACAGUGCGGUUGGAAUAUUCUGCGAGCUCGGUCGUGCGCAGCAGUUCCCGUUGUUGUCCAUGUGUUGAGAAAAUUAAAUUCUUUUUAUUUAUGUACACUGAGCUUUCCGUUCGCUUCAUUAUGAAUGUGGGGAACUCGAGCAAACGAUGUCACGGUGUCUACCAGGGUCAAUGCGGCUUGCUUUGUGUGGGUGUUAUUCUUGUUCUCACUGCUAGGGGGCAGCACAGCCUCAGAGAACAGAAACAAGUUCUGCAGGACUUACAGCUAAACAUUCCAGCAGAAACGUGCGGAGUAGAAACAUGGUGUUCACAUGGUGUGGUUUAAAAAUAGCUCAUUGUUGUCAUGUGACAGUGAUUCGGAGGAAACGCAGUGACGGUUGGCGGGUUUGCUCUCGGUUCAUGUGGGUGGUGCAGGGCUUGUCCUGUACACAACAGUCAUCAGUAUGUUCAGCACAUUCCUGCAAGGACAGAAUGUGGGAAAGGGAAAAGGCCACUAAAACAAGUCUUCCAGUUGAACCAGAUCAACAAGCUCGUCACGUUACAGAACUGAUCACAUAUUGAGCAGGUGUAUGUUGUCCUACUAAUUGUUCCGCUGCAGUUUCAACCAAUAUGCCGGCUUCAGUGUUGCUCCAGAGCCUCAGCUGACACUUUGUCGCCUGAGAGGUCAGGACCGGGUCUGUAAAUGGAUGGAGGAGGACGCUGAAGGAGAACCUGUCCAGAGGGGAAAACCACAGAGCAGCUCAAACCAAACACCAGCUGUUCGUCAGUCCCAGCAAACAUCUCGGUCGCAGACUCUGAGGAGGACACUGCAGCCCCUGCAAGGCUGGUGCAGCUUCGCCCUGGCAGGUGUAGUGUGGUCAGUCUGCCAGGUGGAGGUGCCGCUGCACAGGGUACAGGUGGAUGUGUGCCGGAGGCUCCUGUUGGUGUGCUUGUUGUGGACGGUUCUCGCAGGUUGUGUCUAUGCCCUGAAGUGCUGCCUGCGGCCAGGACGCGACCAGGGGGAGCCUCCACUGAGGAUCCAGCAGGAGGCCGUGACUGAAAACAAACGUAACCAGUAUUCAUGGACGUCCCCGUCGGGGAGCCACGACGUUCCUCUGGCUCUUGUCCUGGCUGACAGCCUGCUGCUGUGUGUGCUUCAGGAGCCCCUGCCAGACCCCAGUGUGCCCCACAUAAAGGCACUCAUCUCCAGGCUGGAGUCAGUGUCUCACACACUUGAUGUCGGGUCAGAGGCGACACCGGAGGAGCCGGACCGAGACUCCGUGCUGAAGGACAAAGUGAAGCUAAUCCGCGACUACCUGCAGGAGAGGAUGAGGUCACUGCGUAGACUCGUCCAGGUGCAGGGAGAUUUCGAAGCCAGCGUGAAGGACAUGCUGCAGGGUCUACAUGGCCUCUGGGCUCACCUGGAGGAGCUGCACAUGGGGGUCACGCUCACCAAAGAGGGGAGCCAUAAGGACCUGGUCUCGGCCCAGUCAGACGCAAAGGUUUUGUUUGCAGUGUUGGGUCACUACAGGAGCAGACUUGAGUGCAGCCAGGCUCAUCUGAAAGACAGCACACAACUACUGCAGGAGUUAACCUGGAGUCACGCUCACAUCAGCAACAGCGCGAGCAGCAGCAGUGAGUCAGUCUGGCCGGAGCUGCUGCUUCAGUCCAACAUCGAGCAGUUUGACAUGGUGCAGGAGAGUUUCCUCUCCCUGACACAGCAGACCUCCACCUUCCAGGCCCACCUGCAGGGACUUGAAAAAGGACAUCAGAACGGACAUGCGGGGCCCCUCGCUCAUCCUGACGGGACUCAGUCGUGCCCCGUCUCGCCACGGACUUCCCUACGUCUCCACAACAGACGGACAAGCGAGGCAUCACCGGAGCACCGUCACUCCACCUCUGUCUCCACAUCUGUCUCGUCAGCAGACGUGGACGCAGACGCGGACCCAGAGACGGACGCACGUCUCACGCUGUGUGAGAGGUCGGCUCUGCAGUUUUCCUCCACGAUUGGACGCCUGCGUAAAUCUGGGAGGAGGAAGUGAUCUGAAAAGGUUUCAGUUUUCAAAUGUUGAUCAUUUGUUGGUUGCCUAAAAAAACAAUAUUAUUUAUUGAUUGCUGUGAUUUCAUUUCACCACUGAGCUUUAAUUUUUCAUUUCAAAGACUGCAGGCUUGGAGCAGCUUUUUUUUUUUAAUUUAAAGAAUAUUUCAAACACAAGGGGGCACACUUUCACCAGUUAUUACAAGAAUAAACAUUUCCAGAAACUGCAAUAUUCUGUCAGACCAUUUGUAUAAACUCGACAGACAUCUCAUGUCUUUGUGUGCAGCGAAGGACCGCGGCCCUGACCUCAUCCUUUCAGUCGGCUUUCUAGGAGGGGACUGACGUGCAGGCUCCUCAGACACACGGCCCAUAAACACGUUUCUGCAGGAUCAGAGCAGGCACAAACAACUCGUGUCUGAAGAAUCUCAUAAUGUGUUUUGUUUCUUCAGAAUAACCUCAUUUAGUGAUUGAUCAAACCAACCAUCCUGUUGGGAACAAUGGAGCAUUUUUUCAUGCUGCCUAAUCAGAAGCCUCACCCAGUGUCUGUUACCACUCAGGUUUUCACAUUGAUCUGCUUUUUCAAGUCCUGUGGACGGACAGGCUGCAGGUUAGGAAGAUCCCACACGCUUCCUAAGCUAUGUUUCAUUCUGUCUCUCUCUGCUGUGACUUGAGCCCCUCAAAGCAGGGAUUUGAGGUUUGCGGGCGGAGGGGAGGGAGAGGAAGGCGGAAGGGGGCAGUGGAGGUCAACGCCGGAAGCGUUUCUGUUAUUACUAAAACCAGGCGGCGCUCUAGACCUUUUUGAAAGUCACGAAUGUCUUUGAUCCAAAUUCAAUUACCCUUCAGCUUCAGCAGCGAUGGCGUUGAGGUCGACGUCGUUUCCUGACUUUU